ACUUCUUUGCAAUGGGUUAAAGUUAUUCAAUUUAGGGAAACAAUUAUUUGAUAUUCCGAUUGAAAUUUAGAGAUCUACCUCUGACUUUGUAGAUUUGGUGUUUGAUGUGUGUGUGUGUCGAUAUAAAAACAAAUUUAGAGAGAAAACGAAAGUAGAUAUAGAUAUUAUUAAAAAUGAAUUCGAUGGUCAGUGUUUCUUUGACAAUUCUUAUCUUCGGUUCGGUACAUAGUUGUUUCACGAGUGGCUUUUGGAGCCAUACAGAAGACAAUGAAGUAGACGCGCAUGAUGAACAAAAACAAUCAACAGUCGAGGGGAAUCCCACAACUGAGCGGGACAUUGAAUACAAAGUACCGCCAAUAAAUGCAAUCAAAUAUAGAACCGAACAUGAGGGGAGUCCCGGUAUUUACCCGAAUGAAAUUCUGACGAGGUCAACUGGAGAACGGUUGUUUGAGACCACGACAUUCCAACGAAGAACAUCCGAAUCCGAAACAAAUGACAUUGAUACGAGAAGAAUAAGACCGAGGAGCACCUCGCAGAGGCCACGUUCAGUAAAGCGCAAAAAGAAAGGAAGGAGAGCAUCAAUUCAUGUUAUACCUGACAUUCAAUCCGAAUACCCACUUCCGGGGUCUUUUGAUAAACAUGGAAACAUCAACGGUAAAUGGGUCGUAGAAUCAAACACAAAUACAAAAAUGGGUUUAAUAAUCGACUCUCCAAAAGACCCCUCGUCCUACAAUGCGGCAUACAUCCAGGUGAAAAGAGCCGGGCAGUAUUUCAUAUAUGGGCAAGUUUUCUUCCAUGGAGAAAAUCAUGAGAUGGCCCAUUGUUUGCACGUAGCUGAUACAUACAAGCCUUGUUCGGAAAUUACAUGUGACGACCGGAAAGUGAUGUGUUCCCGAUCAGCACCGGGACACCCCGAGACUAUCGCAAAAGUACAAAAUGUGAAUACGAACUAUAUAGGUGGCGUUGUGUAUUUACAAAAAGGAUCCACCAUCCGACUCGCAAUUGACGUUAAUCUGAAUAUAAACAAAGAGAAAGCAAUUGAGCUGGACAAGUCACUUUGUUAUUUUGGUGCCUUUGCAGUAUGAGAUGUAUUUCCACUAAAUGUGUUUAAACCAAGUAUGCCUGUCUAAUACAUCAUGUCAGGGAUGAUUGGGUUGGGUAUGUAUGCAGCUGAAGGGAACCAAAAAGUCUGCUACUUUAAAUCCUUGUCUUCAUCCCAAGCAUUGUGUUCAGUUAUUUUAUUUUGAGAAGCUUUAUGCAUUUCAAAGAUGAAAUGUGUUAUAUUUCAUAGUUCAUAUUUCAACCCUGGUAAUUGUGUCAACAGGGUUGUUUUGUUAUCUUUUACUUUCGUUUUGAUUGCCAUUUGGAAUACUUACAGGUGUAUGCCUCGUUUGACAUUUUGCCAAGUCUCAGAUGUUUAACCCAGUGUUAUAUGGUAUCCUUCCGCAAUUGAAAAAAAUCCAGCAUCUGCCAAUUGAUAUCAAAUAUUUAGGCAGGUGCUGUGCUGUAGUGUUUAUUGUCAGACUAUUCAUUUUCUAGCAGUGACAAAAAGUUUGUCCCCUAUGGUUAAUUAAUGAGAUGUGGAUGUUUGUUUGUUCCACAGGGAGUGCCCCAAACUGAAUUCUAAAUACAGUUUUAUUAUCGAUUUAGCACGGGUACCAAGUAUCGGCAGCUGUAUAUUAAUUUUAAGCUUGCAAUGUUUUUCACAACCUAAACGUGAACGGAAAAUACUUAAGCGAUGUAUCUAUAUGGGCGAUUGGU